UCAACCCUCCACACACCAGCCCACUCUCAACAUGCCCAUCCUAGGUCUUGCUCCCUCUGCUACUCCCACAAGACCUGCCCACUUCGACAUUGAGCGCGUCAUCCGACCGAACAUCCUCUCGCUGCACCCCUACCGAUGCGCUCGCGACGACUAUUCCUCGGGCAUCCUGCUCGACGCGAAUGAGAACGCGCUGGGGCACUCGAUAUCCGCCGAGGCGUCAUCGCGAUCUGGCGGGGACGCUGUAGAUGCCCCCGAGGUCGACGCGAUGCUGGAGCUGGACUUGCACCGCUACCCCGAUCCCUCGCACCCGUCUAUCAAGUCGCGCAUCGCAGAGCUGCGCGCGCUGCCGGGGACGGACUACGUCUUUCUGGGCGUCGGGUCGGACGAGGUCAUCGAUCUGCUCAUACGGGUGUGCGUCGCGCCCGGGAAAGAAAAGAUCUUGACGACGCCGCCGACGUACGGGAUGUACUCUGUGUGUGCGCAGGUGAACGAUGUCGAGGCGGUCAAGGUCGAUUUGGAACUUGGUGCAGAGUCCGGUGAAGGUGGAGAAAAAGGCCGGUUUAGUCUGCGGGUCGACGAGGUGAAGAAAGCUGUUGACGCUGACCCCUCUAUAAAACUCAUCUUCCUUUGCUCUCCGGGUAAUCCCACUGGCACGCUCAUCUCCCUUUCUUCCGUCCGCGCACUCCUCGAGUACGAAGGAUUCAAAGGCAUCGUCGUCGUCGAUGAAGCAUAUAUCGAUUUCGCCACAGAAGGCAGCAGUGCCGCUGCACUCAUCGCAGAGUACGCGAAUGUAUGUGUGUUGCAAACACUGAGCAAAAGCUUUGGCCUUGCCGCAAUCAGGAUGGGCGUCGCGCUCGCUCAACCCCCACUCAUCCAGAUCUUGUCCAACACGAAGGCACCAUACAACAUAUCUACGCCCACUGCCCACCUUGCCGUCCGCGCCCUCUCCCCCUCCUCCAUCAGCACAAUGAAAUCGAAAGUCUCCGCACUCACCGCAUCCCGCGCUUCUCUCCUCGCUGCCCUCACAGGCCUCGCACCGCUCGGCCUCGGCCCCGCGAUCGGCGCACACGACGCGAACUUCGUCUUGGUGCCCGUGCUGGACCGCACCGGCUCGAAGCCGGACAACGCGCGCGCGCAAAAGGUGUACAAGGCGAUGGCGGAGGAGGAGGCAGUCGUCGUUCGAUAUCGUGGCGGAGAGAAAGGGUGCGCGGGCUGCUUGCGUAUUACCAUCGGAAGUGAAGAAGAGAACAACGCGGUCAAGGAUAAGUUAGCGAAGACGCUUCAAAGAUUCUGAAUUUUGAAUAGAUUAGACUUGGAUCCUGCUGCUCGAGGGACUCCAGUGUCUAUUGCACUAGCCCAGGGCAGAGAAUAAAUUAUUAUUAUAUGG